GCCCAGAAGAGUCGCCCCCUUGGUGGUCAAGAGGGAGAACGCAGCUUUAAGAGACUUGGCUCCACUCUUCAGGUGUGUAGCUCAACGCUCGCUCUGUUUGUAUAAUCCGUAGCACACACGUGGGAUAAUCCUGGCAUGUAAAGACAUGUGGGAAGUGGGCAGGUCACUUCUUCAUGGCGGCAGCUUCGGCUCCGGUUUCCCCUCCUAGUUUUCCUGGUGAAGUGCAGACAUCUCUGCACGGUGAUCUGUGUGUGUUUUCCAUUUUUUUCUUUGCCACCCAAAUAUUUGCGGCGCAGCUUCUUUAACAGCCGCUACCUUUACCGCCAGGCAGCCAGUUCUCCUGGUUGUUGCAUAUUUAUUUGAUCUAGUUUCUGUUCUGGGCCUCGUCUGCGUACUGUAAACAUUCCUCAGCUGCCUGAGGCAGAACAUGACGAGCUUUCUCCUGUGAUUUAUUCUCUCACACUCAUGAAUGUGGAGUCAUUAUCUGCCCUGAUGUUGCUUCACCGGAUCAACAAACACACAGAGUCACCGUUGCCAUGAAGUUGCAUGUGGAAGGAGGGGGGUCUCCAGAGGGUCUUCAGGGGGUUUGUAGCAUUUCUGACAUCGAGGCCAGAAAAGACGAAGAAAUGAGAGGAGAGGCAGAGGAAGACGGGGAAUCUAACCUUCGGUGUAAGAACUGCCCGUUUUAGUCUUCACAUUAGAUUCAGCGUCAGUGAAUGAGAGACGAGUUCCUAACAAUCCUCUGACUGAGGAGAGCUGAGGAACAAAUCCUCCUCAUGCAGCAACGAUAGUGUUACUUAUAUAAAUAAAUAUAUAUAGGUAAUAUAUUACAUCAUUAAAAUACCUGCACUGUAGUUGAAUUUGUGGGUAGGAGGCUUAUUAAUGUCACAACAAACACUGCGUGGUGCUGUUCAAACUCAGUUUAAAAAGUAAUAUAAAAGUCAUGGCUAGAUUAGAUUUAGCUGGUAUUUAAACCUAAAGAUAAAUGGUUGAAAAGAUAAACAACGUCUUAAACGUGAUCCAUUGAGGAAGGAAUUCACAGGGCUCAUCUAACAGGGCCGGGAGCCCCUUUAAUAAAUCAUUGACCUUUUUCUUUUGUCAUAUUAAUAAUAUUGGUCUCCUUGAUUGAGAUCAGCUCUCUGUGGUAGUUUGAAUCCGACCUUUUGAGGGGCUUGAAAACAAUGUGGUCCUUCAGGAGAAUCUGUGCACGGCGGCAUUCCUCAUGAGGGUUCCUCUUGAGCCGGUCCUCCCUGACCUCGGGCGGUUUCCACCCGCCCCCGAGCGCGAGGGAGCCUCUGGGAGGGGAGAGGAGGAGGCGCAGGAGAAGCCUGGCGAGGAGGGGAACGCGUGCGGCCGAUGGCUCCGUAGAGUCUGCCCCUGCUGCUGCCCGAGGCCCAGCGACAAUGACGCCACCGACGUUCUGAUCGUCGGGGGCGACGAGACGGGCGGGAUUGAAGGACCAAACGCCGAGAAGCCGGGGACGGACGGCAGCGAGCUCCACGACGUCCUCCUCACGGUGAAAUCCAUCGACCUGAUGAAGAGCCAAUCGGGGGCGAACCGCAGGGAGCACCACACGGACCGCUUCCAAAGUGAGAACCUCGUCAUCCGCAGGGGGCAGACGUUCCAGAUGUGGAUAACGUUGUCCCGACCCUUCCGCCAGGACGCCGACAAACUCCACCUGGAGCUGAAGACAGGGAUGCUGCCCACCGUGGCGAAGGGAACCCAUGUGAUCGUCCCGCUGGUGGAGGAGUUGGCUGACGACCGCUGGGAGGCCACCGUGGUCAAACAGGUGGACGAAAAGAUAAUGCUGUCGGUGAACUCGUCGCCCACGGCCGCCAUCGGCCGGUAUCGGCUCACGGUGGAAACCAACAGCGGCAACGGCGUGGGCGUCUCCAAACACGACGCGGCCAACGACGUCUUCCUGUUGUUCAACCCCUGGUGCGAAGGUAAAGCAAAAGACAAGAGGUUGACGUCUUUGGUUCGUACUCAGGG